UAUAAGAGCAACGCAUUUAUUUCUUAAGAAACUUGAAGCUUUAUUUCAUUUUAACGCCAUAACAUAUAAUUUUAAAUAUAUUUGGUUUAUAAUGUUAUAAGGUAUAUUCUCCCUCCUUUUCGCAUGUCUUCUUGGUGUAAUGCGUAUUCGAGAAGACCAAGGUUCGAAUCGUGACAAGGGCACUGCACAUUUUCACAUCUUCUGCAUCAAAAAGCUUUAAGACUCUACGAUAUAUCUACUCUACGAUUCAACUGGUAAAUAAUAAUAAAGUCAAAUGAAGUCGGAGGAGCUUAUCUGUGUAAUUUUUGCAUCUUUUCACAUAUUUCAGCUAAAUGGCCCUGCAAGUGCUUUAACUAUGAAUGUAGUUGCUGUGUUUGAGAAGGAUUAUCCUAUUGCACAACAAGUCGUCGAUCGAAUGUUUGAGUGGUUUGUCAAAGAAGAAUUCCCUGAUGUGGAGUUCCAGUACAUUGGUGUCAUCAUUGAAGACGGGCUAACAGAAUCAGAAGUCUGCGAAAGGAUCGCAACGCCUAAACCUGCAAUCUUAAUUGACACGACCCGAAGACCCAGAGCCAUCGGUAACCGUGCUGGUCCCUUGGUGAAGAAAGUGACACGGAAACUAGGCAUACCAACAGUGAGUGCGACAUAUGGCAAAAUGAAAGGAAUUGCAGAGUGGGAGAAUAUGAGUGAAAUUGAGAAACAGUACUUAAUACAAAUAUCGCCUCCGGGGUAUAUUAUUACCCAAGUAGUUAGAGAUAUCGCUACUCAUCAGAACAUGACCACUACUGGUGUACUCUUCCACGAAGACAUGGAAAUGGAUCAAAAAUCUUCUACCUUACUUCAGAACAUAGCUACACGGGCGACGAUACUGACAGUUCAAGCAAACCGGCAGCGAAUUCAAGAACAGAUCCUCAAAAUGAAGAGCAGUGACACAGCUUAUUAUUUCGUUAUUGGACCAACAAAUACAAUAUGCAUGGCUUUAGAAACUGCGGAAAGCAACAACAUGACUGGUCGAGAAUAUGCUUGGUUCUUAGUUUCAUUGGAUUCUGCGCAGCAGAAUUGCAACUGUAAAAGACUCACUGCAUUGUGGAUGUCACCUAGACCACAAAACAGCAAAGCGUCUAAAGCUGAGAAGUUGGCUAGAGACUUCCAGUUUUCAUCUCAGGUGGAAAUUGCUUUUUACUACGACCUCGUGAUACUUGUUGUUCAAGCAGUUCGCAAGGAGAUAAUUAAAGAACAAUGGCCUUCACAAAUGAGCUAUCUGUCUUGUGCAUCUAGCGAUAAUGUCAGCUCUGAUGAACGCAAGAAUUUUAAGCUUCUAACUGCUCUCAAACAGGAAGCAUAUGAAGGAAUGUUCGGUCCAUUUAAAAUCAAGGAAAAUGAUGGAAGUUAUCAAGAGCUGGAGCUCAUUAUGAGAAAAUUAAGCUUCGUCAACAGCAUCAUUGCAGAAUCCAAAAGGAUUGGAGUUUGGACGUAUGGGCAACCAACAGGAAAAAUAAAAUUCGAAGCCGGGAGUGAUUUGAAGAAUUUCACUGUUAUUACUGUUUAUCGUGUCGCUACUCUUUCGAUCCCACCGUUCGUAAUCAAGAACGUUGAUGAAAAUGGAACUGUAUCCUUUACUGGUUACUGUGUUGAACUACUGGAUGAAAUAAAACAAAUCUUGAAUUUUGAAUAUACAAUUUUUGAAACAGCAGAUCAAAAGUUUGGAACCAUGAAUGACAAGUUGGAAUGGAAUGGCAUGAUAAGAGACUUAGUGGAUAAGAAAGCAGAAAUUGCCCUUGGUCCUAUAUCCGUGAUGGCUGAAAGAGAAACAGUUGUUGACUUCACCGUGCCUUACUAUGACUUGGUUGGAAUUAGCAUCUUGAUGAAGAAACCAUCUGUUCCCUCAUCGCUUUUUAAAUUUCUUACGGUGCUCGAAGCCAAUGUUUGGGCUUGCAUUCUUGCUGCUUACUUUGUAACAAGUUUUCUCAUGUACUUAUUUGAUCGAUUAAGUCCGUAUAGUUACUACAACAACAAAGAAAAGUACAAAGAUGAUGAUGAGGAUGAGAAAAGGGAUUUCAGUCUGAAAGAAAGUCUUUGGUUCUGUAUGACGUCGCUGACGCCUCAAGGAGGUGGGGAGGCUCCUCGAAAUUUAUCAGGAAGACUAGUUGCUGCAACGUGGUGGCUCUUUGGGUUCAUCAUUAUAGCUUCAUACACAGCCAAUUUAGCUGCGUUCCUUACAGUUUCUCGUUUGGAUUCUCCCAUUGAGUCCUUAGAUGAUCUUGCCAAACAAUAUAAAAUUAAAUAUGCUCCCCAAGAAAGUACAUCAGCCGCAACUUAUUUUGAAAGGAUGGCUUAUAUCGAAGAAAAGUUUUAUGAAAUUUGGAAAAACAUGUCGCUAGAUGACUCUUUGAAUGAAACAGAAAGAGCUAAACUAGCGGUAUGGGACUACCCUGUAAGUGACAAGUACACUAAAAUUUGGUGGACCAUGAAAGAAACUGGAAUGCCCAAGACUUUCGAGAAGGGUAUUGAAAAAGUGUUGAUGUCCAAGGGCUCACAAGAAGGGUUUGCUUUUAUAGCUGAUUCAACCCAAGUAAAGUAUGCUGUGAUGACAAAUUGCGAACUCACCUCUGUCGGAAGUGAAUUCAGUCGGAAACCUCUAGCCUUAGCAGUUCAGCAGGGCUCCCCUCUUAAAGAUCAGCUUUCUAGCGCGAUUUUGAAGCUAUUAAACCAAAGAAAAUUAGAAGGCUUAAAAGAAAAAUGGUGGAAUAAAAAUCCGGCUAAAGUUGAAUGUGAUGAUAGUGAACAACAAAGCGAUGGGAUAAGCAUUGCGAAUAUUGGUGGGGUUUUCAUUGUCAUCUUUAUAGGAGUGGUCCUGGCAUUGCUUACUUUAGGCAUUGAGUAUUGGUUUUACAAAAAAAGAAAGAGGAAUAUUAGAGUCGUCACAGUAGAAAAAUAUCCAAGUGAAAAACAUAGACGGCGUUAAAUGAGCCGUUGGAGCAUGUAAUAAUUGUAUUGAGCUACUUUAUCAAAUGAAUAAAUGAUUUUGUAUCCAAUGAAA